AUGUACUCGUUCUUCGUCCUGGCCAGCCUCCUCGGCGCGGCUCUUGCCAGCCCCAUCCUGGGCCUGAGGGAAUGUACCAGAGGCUCGGCCGUGUGGUGUCAGAAUGUGAAGACGGCGUCCGACUGCGGGGCCGUGCAGCACUGCCUGCAGACCGUCUGGAACAAGCCGACUGUGAAAUCCCUUCCCUGUGACAUAUGCAAAGAUGUCAUCACUGCAGCUGGUAACAUGUUGAAAGACAACGCCACUGAGCAAGAGAUCCUCAUGUACUUGGAGAGGACCUGUGACUGGCUGCCUAAGCCGAAUAUGUCUGCCUCCUGCAAGGAGAUCGUCGACUCAUACCUCCCAGUCAUCCUGGACAUGAUUAAAGGACAGAUGAGCCGUCCCGGGGAGGUGUGCUCCGCUCUCAACCUCUGCGAGUCUCUUCAGAAGCACCUGGCGGAGCUGAAUCACCAGAAGCAGCUCGAGUCCAAUCAGAUCCCGGAGCGGGACAUGGCUGAGGUGGUGGCUCCCUUCAUGGCCAACAUCCCCCUCCUCCUGUACCCCCAGGACGGCUCCCACGGCAGGCCGCAGCCCAGGAAGGCUAAUGGGAACGUCUGCCAGGACUGCAUUCAAAUGGUAACUGACGUCCAGGAAGCUCUGAGGACCAACUCCACCUUUGUCGAGGCCUUGGUGGACCACGCUAAGGAGGAGUGCGACCGCCUGGGGCCCGGCAUGUCUGACAUGUGCAAGAACUACAUCAACCAGUAUUCGGAAAUUGCUAUCCAAAUGGUGAUGCAUAUGCUGCUUCUGUGCUCUUUUCAGCAACCCAAGGAGAUCUGUGUGCUGGUUGGCUUUUGUGACGAGGUGAAGGAGAUGCCCAUGAAGACCCUGGUCCCUGCUGAGGUGGUCUCGGAGAACGUCAUCCCCGCCCUGGAGCUGGUGGAGCCCAUCAAGAAGGACCCAGCCCCCGCGAAGGCUGACAUUUACUGUGAGGUGUGCGAGUAUGUGGUGAAGGAGGUGGUCAAGCUGAUUGACAACAACAGGACUGAGGAAGAAAUAAUCCAUGCUUUGGACAAAGUGUGCUCGAAGCUGCCCGCAUCCUUAGCUGAGCAGUGCCAGGAGGUGGUGGACACCUACGGCAGCGCCAUCCUGUCGAUCCUCUUGCAGGAGGCGAGCCCCGAGCUGGUGUGCAGUAUGCUCCACCUCUGCUCCAGCCGGGGGCUGCCGGCCGUGACGGUCCGUGUGACGCCGAGGAAGGACGGUGGCUUCUGCGAGGUGUGCAAGAAGCUUGUGGGCUAUUUGGACCGCAGCCUGGAGAAGAACAGCACCAAGGAGCAGAUCCUGGCUGCCCUCGAGAAAGGCUGCAGCUUCCUGCCAGACCAGUACCAGAAGCAGUGUGACCAGUUUGUGACGGAAUAUGAGCCGGUGCUGAUAGAAAUCCUGGUGGAGGUGAUGGACCCUUCCUUCGUGUGCUUGAAGAUUGGAGCCUGCCCAGCAGCCCGCAAGCCGCUUUUGGGAACUGAAAAGUGUGUCUGGGGCCCGAGCUACUGGUGCCAGAACAUGGAGUCGGCAGCCCUGUGCAACGCCGUCGAGCACUGCAAGCGUCAUGUGUGGAACUAG